CUUCAAAACUCAAAACCCCAUUUCCAAUCCAUGCACGCACACAAAAUAAAAAGCAAUGAAAUAACAGAAACAAGUAAGUCGUUAUGCGAAGCAGCGGUUUUACGGUUCACACCAACAACCCCUCCCAUCAUCAAACUGACGCCAAUAUAAUCUCAUGAGAAACAAUCAAACCCCCGCAAGAAAUCUCUAAAAAAUCCACAGAGGAUUGUGUGAAAAUGGUGAGUGUAAUCCAGAAGAAGAACGGUGGUGAUCGAAUCAAGGGGUCGUGGAGCCCGCAAGAGGACGCCACUCUGAUCAAGCUAGUGGGGCAGCAUGGCCCACGCAACUGGUCUCUGAUAAGCCAGGGCAUUCCUGGCCGGUCCGGCAAAUCCUGUAGGUUACGGUGGUGCAAUCAGCUCAGCCCGACGGUGCAGCACCGCCCAUUUACGCCCGCGGAGGACGAUAUCAUAUUCCGGGCUCAUGCCGUCCACGGCAAUAGGUGGGCAACCAUAGCCCGCAUGUUGCCCGGGCGAACUGACAACGCGAUCAAGAACCACUGGAACUCCACGCUACGACGUCGUCGCGAGUUUUCGUCCGAGUCAGAGUCGGGGCUGAAGCGGCAGAGAUUGAGUGCGUCUCCGGAGCACAGUAGUUCCGAUGGGGAAAAGGGUUUGGUGGGGCCCGAAGAGACUUCGCUGACGCUCUCGCUAUCCUUACCUGCGGGUGAGAAACCGGGGGACGAGGAGGACGAGGAUGAGGAAGAAGAGGAGGAAGAGGAGGAGGUUGUGGUGAAGGGCGAUGAGGAGGCGGCACGUGGUGGGAGGAAAGAGGAGGAGACAUGUUUGGUGACGAUCAUGCAGAAGAUGAUAGCGGCGGAGGUCAAGAGUUACAUGGAUAGUUUACGGGCUACGAAUGGGCUUGCACCUGGCUCUGACCCUGAGGCGGCGCAGGCCCAAAAGGCUCUCUAGGUCUCAUAUAUAAUAGUCUAGUGCUUUCUCUUUUAUAAAUUUUUAGUUUCCGCUAAAGUAUUCAAAUCGGGAUGAGAAGGUUUAGUACUUCCACUGUUUCCUCGUUUUAUACAUUCUAAUAUCUUCAGGCAUAUACAAAUUUGUUUUAUCAUUA